UCCUGCCCACGCCGAGCCUCUCCCCGGCAGGCGCGGCGCGGCAGGGAUGAGGAGCCGGCAGCGGAUGUUCGCCGCGGUGAUGCGCCUGCUCCUCAAGUGCCUGCGGCUGGGCCGGCGGCGGCGCUUCAAGCUGGUGCGGCAGGGGUGGCAGCUCUGGCACUACGGGCGCCUCUGCCUCCGCUCCCUGCUCUACAACUCCUUCACCAACAGCGACGUGGUGCUCGACUCCCUCUUCGAGCCGGUCUACUGGCUGGUGGACCACGUCACCCGCUGGUUCGGCGUGGUGUUCGUGGCGCUGGUGAUCGGGCUGACGAGCUCCAUCGUGGCCAUCGUGUACAUCUGCCUGCUGCCCCUCAUCCUGCAGACGUACACGCCUGCCUGGAUCUGCUGGCACCUCACCUACGGGCACUGGAACCUCAUCAUGAUCGUCUUCCACUACUACAAGGCCAUCACCACCUCGCCUGGGCACCCUCCGCAGGCCAAGAACGAUCUCACAGGCGUCUCCAUCUGCAGGAAAUGCAUUGCCCCCAAGCCGGCUCGCACCCACCACUGCAGCAUCUGCAACAGGUGCGUGCUGAAGAUGGACCACCACUGCCCCUGGCUGAAUAACUGCGUGGGACACUACAACCACCGCUACUUCUUCUCCUUCUGCCUCUUCAUGACCAUGGGCUGCAUCUACUGCAGCAUCAGCGGCUGGGACAUGUUCCGGGACGCCUACGCAGCCAUCGAGAGAAUGAAACUGCUUGAGAAGGAGAGACUGCAGGUGGCUGCCAACCAGACGUACUACCAGACCCCGCCGCCCACCUUCUCCUUCCGCCAGCGAGCCUUCCACAAGAGCGUGGUCUACCUCUGGGUCCUGUGCAGCUCAGUAGCCUUGGCCCUGGGUGCCCUCACGCUGUGGCACGCUGCCCUCAUUACCCGCGGGGAAACCAGCAUCGAGAGGCACAUCAACAAGAAGGAGAGGCAGCGACUGCAAAAGAAAGGCAAGGUGUUCAGAAACCCCUACAGUUACGGCAGCUGGGACAACUGGAAGGUGUUUCUGGGCGUGGACGUGCCCAGGCACUGGCUCACCCGCGUCCUGCUGCCCUCUCCUCACCUGCCGCACGGAACGGGCCUGAGCUGGGAGCUGCCCCCCUGCGUGCGCGAGCCGCUCCUGGCCAUCUGAGGCCUGGGUGCCGCAGACACGUCCCUCCCCGCCGGCAGGGGAGCACGAGGGGACCCAAACCCACCACCGCGGCUCUGUUCCGGCCCCGGGGGUGCUGGCAGGCGGGUGCUGGCACGCACCGCUGACCCCGGCCGGAGCCAGAGCCCUGGGAAGCUCUUUGCACUCGGUCGGCGCCUGGACGCCUGCUCUCCGGCACCUCGGGGGCUGCGGGCGGCCCCGGGGGAAGGGGCAGAGCUGCUGCGCCCUGGUGUAGCUGGAGGUGCCGCCCUCGCCGUGCACGGGUCCGGGGCCCAGCUCAGCUUCCAGCAGGCUUGGGGGCAGACGAUGACUUACCUGCUCCCCAGGCGGGCUUUUUAAGACCAUCCAAUAAAUGUGUUUUUGUUU